AUGAAAGAACUGCAUGAGUCUAAAGAUCUGCCAGAGACCCCUCGAAAUCAGUUCCGUGCUCCAAGAACGCCCAGUACACGAGGUCUUCCAACUGCCACAAAAGCCACCGCACGGAAACGAUCACCACACUCAUUGACAUCCACGAGCACUCGUAACCGAACAUCGCUGUCACGAGUUCAGUCUACUCUCACACAGAUUGACUUCGUGACACAGCCUACACCUUCGAUUGACGACCAGCUUAGCUACAUUGACGAAAAUAAACGUCGCGAGACGCAAGACACAACUGAGCAUCCAAAUGUAGAUGAUGAGUCGGAUAAGGAUUCGGACUAUCUUCCUGCUCCGCCAGUUCGGUCGGCUCGUAUCUCGAAAUUCAAGAUGAGCGAACGAGAACGCGAUUCGGAUGAACGACCGCAGAAGCGGAAGAGCUUGGGAGUUGCCAAUCGAGAUACACACCCAAGUCAUAGACCACGGAAGAGCGAAACACCAAGGGCGAGUGUUCGUCCGAGAGGUGGUCGAAAAUCCCUGGAGAAGUCGGCAACCAAACGGGACAAGACAUUGACUCAGAUGGACUUUGUACGACGUUACAUUACCAUCGAUGAUGACGACGACGAUGUGAACAUGGGAUAUAUCCAGCCGACACCACAGAAGAAGGAUAUAAAAAAAGAGAAGACUGAAAAUGCGCCCAACUCGAACCAAUCAAAGCCUACGAAGCGUCAGACCCCCGCCAAACGGAAGCACAGAGUGUUUGAAGAAGAGCUGGAUCUCUCAACCGGGGAACCUAUAUCUCAACAAAAAGAUGCACAAGAGUCAAAUGCUGGAAGUGGAGCUGAGGGCGAACGGGUAUCUACAGCUCCUGUUACACCGCGGAAGCUUAGGACACGCGAGAUACCUUCUUCACAGACACCAGAAAGCCCCGGUCUUGCUAUCAUAACCUCAUCUCAAUUCCGUAGCGCUACUCGAUCUCCUUUAAAACGGAGACCGUUAAAACUCACCGAUAAUCCCAUACAAUCUAUCAAAGAAGAACCCCCGGAGGUUCGGCGUGUGGUCGAUGAUUCACAAGUCCAUGGGGGCGAUUCCCCAAGCAUCUAUAACACCUUGAACCACCCAACUCCUAUUGAGCAAUUCCCUUCGUCUGCACCUCCGACGGAGUCGACUGACCAGGAAUUCCCCACUGAAUCAAACGAUAACUCGAGAAAUGAGCCUACUAAGAGGGAGAGGACAGUCAUCUAUGAAACGGAUGCGGACUCAGAUUACGGAGACUUUGAGGACAACCUCGACAUAGGUUCCGUGACACCAACCCCGAAGAAAAGACAACAAGCAAACGAUCCACUGGACGGAUCACAGGCGAACCAACACAGCCCAGAAUCACCCCAGGAUUAUUCCCAAGACCUUCCUCUACCAGCUGUUCAAUCGAGCCCUGGAUUGGAUGAUGCCCCUCCAUCCGAAGGUCUAAUGUCUGAUGCCUCAAUUUACUAUCAAAGAAUGCAUGCAGCUACACAAUUCCCGCAUGAGCCAAUCCCCAUGCUGAAUACACAGAAGAUGUCUGAGCUUUUCCCUCACGGAGGCAGCACCCAGUACCCAAAUCUGGAGCCAUGGAAGCCUUCUGUUCCAAAACAGGCACCGGUGCUAUCGUCACAGAUACAGACACAGACCCAAGAAGGCGACAAAGAGUCUACAGAAAUGGUUCCCGAGUCGUCACCCAUUCGGGAACAAGAACGUGAAGUCGAGCUGGGCGAUGGUUCGUUCCGACGACCUCGGGUCCCUGGAUCAGUGGUCCAAGUUGAGUCCUCCCAGGCGGUCGACCGAGAUCCUCAAUGGCAGGGCCGAGUACUCUCUCGCAGCCAACUUCUUACAUCAAGCGUCAUGGAGAGCAUUCCGCUUCCGAACUUUUGGAUGGGGAGUCAGGAUAGUGUAGGAGAGCCUUAUAGCUUACCUGAAGGAUGA